AUGGUGAGUAAGGGAGGUGCCAACAACUUCGUGCUGUUCGAGUCAGCCUCUGGCUAUGCGAUCUUUGAGGUGGUAGAAAAUGAGGAGAUUGGCAGUCUUGUAGCCGAAGUCCAAGCUGCAGUCGCAGACGUGUCUUCGUUUGGACGCAUCGUAAAGCUUAAGGCUUUCCAGCCCUUUACGUCGGCUGAGAAUGCCCUUGAAAACAUUAACAACAUCUCGGAAGGUUUACUAAGCGACGAUCUCAAAAACUUUUUGGAGAUGAAUUUGCCAAAGGUCAAAGCUGGUAAAAAGGGCAAGUUUGCACUUGGCGUGCAGGACAAAGGAUUAGCUCAAGCCAUUUCAGACGAGCUUCAUGCGCCGUGUAACACGAGUGAGACGACGCUCGAGAUUGUGCGUGGUGUGCGCAUGCACUUUAGCACGUUCGUCAAGGAGCUGGCUCAGGGAAACCUGGCCAAGGCCCAGCUCGGUCUUGGCCACUCGUACUCACGUGCGAAGGUGAAAUUUAACGUGAACCGCGCUGACAACAUGAUCAUUCAGGCUAUUGCUCUGCUGGACCAAAUGGACAAAGAUAUCAACACGUUUGCCAUGCGCGUGCGUGAAUGGUACUCGUGGCACUUCCCUGAGCUUGUCAAGAUUGUCAACGACAAUUACGUGUACGCGCGUUGCGCUUCGUUCAUUAAGAACCGCAACACACUAAGCGAGGAUUCGCUUGAAGAGCUGUCGAAGAUUGUUCUUGAUGAAGACAAGGCCCAGCAGAUCUUGCACGCUUCCCGCUCCUCCAUGGGCAUGGACAUGUCGGAGAUUGACAUGAUCAAUGUCGACAACUUCACUACGCGUCUUGUAAAGCUGGCGGAGUACCGUCGCCAGCUGCACGAUUAUUUGGUAUCCAAAAUGUCGACGGUGGCUCCCAACCUUGCCUCGCUCAUCGGCGAGUCAGUAGGCGCUCGCCUUAUCUCACACGCCGGCUCGCUAACAAACUUGGCCAAGUGCCCCGCCUCGACCGUGCAGAUACUUGGCGCUGAGAAGGCUCUGUUUCGCGCAUUGAAGACCCGUGGCAACACCCCCAAGUACGGAUUGCUGUUCCACUCGACUUUUAUUGGCCGUGCCGCUGCCAAGAACAAGGGUCGCAUCUCGCGUUACCUUGCUAACAAAUGCGCUAUUGCCUCACGUAUCGACUCUUUCAUUGAUGAACCCACGACUAAGUACGGUGACAAGAUGCGUGAACAGGUUGAGGAGCGUCUUGCUUUCUACGAGAGCGGUGCUGCUCCGCGUAAGAAUGCUGACGUGAUGCUGGAGGUUUCAGAGGAGCUCAAGCAGGAGGCUGCGAAGGGAAACAAGAAGUCUAAAAAGGAUAAGAAGUCCAAGAAGCGCCCUGCUGCGGACGAGGAAGCUGAGAUUGAGGCUAAGGAGGAGCCCCCCGCUAAGAAGUCCAAAAAAGCCAAGAAGGACAAGAAGCACCAAAAGAUUAAGGAAGAGGCGCCUGCGCCUGUUGAGGCUCCUGCCGCAGCUGCCGAUAAGAAGAAGAAGAAGAAGCAGAAAAAGAAAUCGAAGACUGCGGAGUAG